AUGGCCAGCUGCGGAUUCCUCGCUCUCCUCAGCUUCCUGGUUAUCUUCCUUUCGCGCUGGCAUCAGCGCACUGAGAGCCACUCCGCGCUCUGCGACACGGAAGACUGCCGUGCCCACGCAUCACUGCUUACUAAGCAUCUUAACUGGACGCUGGACCCCUGCGAGGACUUUCAAGCGUUCGUUUGCUCGGCGGUGCGCUCAUCCUCCGACCACGGCGAGAUCUUUAAGACGGUCAUGGACAGACUGCGGCUUUCAUGGCUCCAGAGACUGCAGGAUAUUCUAGUUGGUGGUUCGCUAAAGAUUCCUGUCGGGAGGAAGGCGCUCGCUAUGUACAGCAGGUGCCGGGACAAGUACCCGUCGGACAAGCCUGAUUCGCCUCUUUUCCUCAAUUUUAUCAGGCAGCAAGGAUGGAAUUGGCCCAGACCGCCGGGACAAUUUGAACCGCCACUACAAUUCGCCAUCAAGCUUGCCUAUGUGUGGCAAACGCCGUUUUGGAUGUCUGUAAGUGUGCUGGAGGUCGCGGGUCAAUCUUCGUCAGCUACGAGGCUGAGGGUCCAAAUCCGGCCGAGCAUGCUUGUUCCCGUACUGCUCCACCACCACCAGAUCGCCAGACCCGUUUACGAUACGUACUGGGAUCUGUAUCUUUCCCACAUGUAUCCGGACAACACUACGAGACCCAACAUCAGCAAAACUGCUGUCGACGAGAUCCGCGACCUUGAGGAGCAAAUACUCCGCACCUUGAACUCGUUGGUCAACUACGCGUCGCCAAAGCCGACGGUGUUCUCCUUCGGCAAUAUAUCGGCCUACGUUCCGAACGCCUCCGCUCUGCAAUGGCUUCGAUGUUUCCAGCAUUCCAUCAUCCUCAGCCGACAGCUAAGCUCCGAUGAUGAAAUCGUCGUCAGCAAUGUCCGCCUGCUCCUGAUGGUCAGCAGUUUUCUCGAAAAGUACGAUGUUGGGAAGCUGAACAUGCAUCUGACGUGGCUUCUCGUGCAGUACUACGGUCCCGUGGCGGAUUAUCGCAUGCUCGUCGACCACUACGGCAGUACGCAGAAGGCGGCGGCUUACUUGCCCGUGUUCUGCGGCCAUCAGGUCGAAGCAUCCUACAAGAUUCUUCUUGCUGCGCUCGACCUGGUCUUCCGGUUCAAUGCGCGGGACAUCAACACCAUCAACGACGGCUUCGACGACUUGGUUUCAACAGCUGUCCAAAAGGUCAACGCUUCAGACUGGAUUGACGAUGAGAGCAAGGCGCAAUUAACCGAGAAGAUCUUCGAUGUGAAGAAGUCACUGUGGCCCCCCGACGCUUUCGUGAACGCUGACUUGCUCGAGCAGCUCUACGGUAGGUUCGCCGAAAAUGCUACGAGUUUCGCGGCCCUAUGGAUGACCACGAGAAUGGCUGCGAACAUAAUAAUGAUGCGAAGUCAAUAUAAGGAGGUGAGGAACCUGCCUUGGAACAGUCUGCCUGCCUACCUUAACUACGAUUACGCCUCGAACACCAUGGAACUGGCAACUGCCACCAUAGCAGCACCGCUGUACUAUCCGAAGGGGUCGAAAGCAAUGCUGUACGGUGGUCUCCUGUUCCUCAUGGUGACCCACUUGGUUCGUGCAUUCGACAAUGAAGGCGUGCACGUGGACGCCCAAUGGAUCCAAGGUCGGCAGCAUCAUGUCCAAUGA